AUGAUUUUGAAGCGGUUCAAUGAGUCUGAUAUUGCUACACAAUUGGAUAUGUUGAAGAAGUUGAGAAAAAUUGUAAAUCCAACGAGCACUUUUCUUAUUAAGCCUAAUGUGAAGCCUAAUCCACGUCGAGGACAUAAGAAAAUUGAUAUAUCUUGUCGUCGUGACCCAUGUGCAUUUGAGUUGGUUGACGAUAGCCAUGAUAACCAGAGCACGUUUGCUUCCAGUCAGUCAAAGAAAAAGAAAGCUUCGAAAGUGCAUGAGAAGAAGCAAAAUGUGAAGACAAAGACAUAUCGUACAAGAACAAGUUUACCAAGUGCAUUUGCUGAUAGUGAUGGGAAUUGUGGUUUUAGAGCUAUUGCGGGUUUACUUGAUCUUGGAAAGAAUGACUGGGUGCAAGUUAGGCGUGAUCUGCUACAUGAAUUGAAUAAUCACAAAGAUGAAUACGUCAUACUAUACGGGUCGCAUGAAAGGGUUGAGAAGCUGACACACAUCCUUUUAUAUUUUGAAGAUAGCCCAUGCUUUGAUUGUUGGAUGACUAUGCUUGACAUGGGGCAUCUUAUUGCAUCAUUUUAUAAUGUAGUCUUGUACCAUUUGUCAUUGCAACAGUGCCUCACUUUCUUACAUUUGAGAUCACCGCCAGUAACCCCAGCUGAUCGUCGCGAGAUUGCCAUUGGAUUUGUCAAUGGAAAUCAUUUUGUGCAGGUAUAA